ACUGAGUGAUAAAAAACCCUUAACUGACUGCAAUUAAGCACAAAGUGACCCUGAGAUGAUGAAAGAAUCACUUGGGUUUGAAGGUGAUGCUACUUGGUGACAACACUGAAGGGACAGGUGAUUUCAGAUCAUUGAAUAACAUGGGCUGUUCAAACAAGUAGGUGAAGGUUUUGCAAAUGAUGUCCUGUUGUUUCUUUGGAAUUCUCAGAAAUGGCCAAACAAGUUGCUCCAGGGAAAGGUUAGUGUUCUGUUGGCCAGACUUUUGCUCCCUGCUGAGCGAGUUUCUCUGGCAUCCAGGCUCUGGCCAGCUGACAUUGGCUCUGCCUGGGGACUGGAUGCCUUGGAUGGGACACCUGCCUCCACCAGCCCCAUCCUGCCCCUGGUCCUUGGAUGGGGUGUCAGAGACACCCAGAAGGUUUGCAGGCAGAAAAGGAGGCUCCAUCCCCACACCAGGCAGGAGAGGUGAGAGCUGGGUUUGGCUGGGGAAGAGGUCCUGGCUUGCCAGCAAGUGAAGAAAUCAGUGAUGCUGCUCAGUAAAGGUAAGAUAAAUCAUGGUGCCCAGGACAUCAUGGGGAUGAGAAUUGGUACAAUAGCCUGAGCAGCUGGAAAAGACCCUCUAGGGAGAUCCCUGAACUCCUAUUAAUACCUAAUUGUUAUGAUUUCUGAUGCUGCACAGGGGGAAAAAAGCAAGAUGUUUUUGGCUCGUAAGCAUAAGCCCAGCACUGGAACAAGUACUUACAGAGCAAGCUUUUAGCUUCUUGGAGAUUUAUUUGAUAAUCUGUGACAUGUCCAGACCCUGGAUCCCAAUAAAACUUUGCAGAGCUCUAACCCCAGGCUGAGACUAAACAAUUGGCAAAGGAAGAGCCUGGUGAAGGAAGGAGAGGAAUGUGCCUAAACCUCUGAAAAAUCUCUAUUCCUCCUCCCUCUCCAGAAGGAGAGCAAAUGGCAAAUGUCCUGGAGAGGAAGGCGUGGAGUCGUGGCGAGCCAGAUGCAAACAGUGAAGUACCACAAAAGCAAAAAGAAAAAUAUUUACAUCCUGAUGCAGUUAUUUGGGUAGUUAAAAGCAGCAGUUUGAAGAGGAUUCAGGAUGCUGUGAUCCUCCUCAGCCACAGCUCUCACUUUCCUUACCUUGGGAGGGAAAAGAGCCCUCUGACCAGGGACACUGCAGAGGGAACAGUUCCUCCAGGGACUGCUGGGACAUCCAAGGGAUGUUUUCAAAGGCUGCUGCUAACCUGGCAUGCACCAGGAGCCUGUGUGCAUGAAGCUGUGGGCUAUCCAUACAGAGAAUUGAAAAUCCUGAAGAAUGGCUCUUCCUACCUUCAAGUAUCUGGCUGGAAGUUUGGGGUUUUUCCUGUUUGUAGUCUCUUCAGUAAGCACAGCAGCAGCAGCUGUCACCUGUCCUGACAGAGAUCCCGAGUUAGAAAUCUGGAACCCAGGUCACAAUGAAGAAAACCGCGUGGAGAUCCGCAGUGGCAGGAAGCUGCUCCUCUCUUCUUCUGCGACUGUCCACUCUAUCCACAUCACUGAUGGAGGGAAACUGGUCAUCAAAGAUGAUGUGCAGCCCAUCAUCCUGCGUACAAGGCACAUACUCAUUGAAAAUGAUGGAGAGUUACACAUUGGCAGUGAGCUGUGCCCUUACCAAGGCAAUGUGGUUAUCAUCCUAUAUGGGAGAGCGGAUGAUGGCAGCCAGCCAAACCCUUACUUUGGACAGAAGUACCUUGGGGUCAGCAAAGGUGGCACUCUGGAGAUCCACGGGAAGAAAAAGCUGUCCUGGACUUUCCUAAACAAGACUCUUCAUCCUGGUGGCAUGGAAGAAGGUGGAUAUUACUUUGAAAGGAGCUGGGGCCACCGGGGUGUCAUUGUCCACGUCAUUGACCCGAAGACGGGGGCAGUUGUCCACUCGGACCGGUUUGAUACCUACAGAGCAAAAGAGGAAAGUAUCCGCCUGGCUCAGUAUUUGGGUAGAGUUGCAAAUGGCAUGAUCCUGUCGGUCGCAGUGAAUGAUGAAGGAUCCAGAAACUUGGAUGACUUGGCCAGGAAAGCAAUGACCAAACUGGGCAGCAAGCAUUUCCUCCACCUUGGGUUUAGGCACCCAUGGAGUUUCAUUACCAUUAAAGGAAAUCCCUCCUCUUCUGUUGAAGACCACAUUGAAUAUCAAGGUCACAAAGGGUCAGCUGUGGCCAAAGUAUUCAAACUAUUCAAAGCUGAGAAUGGAGAAUAUUUUAAUGUCUCUUCAACGAGCGAGUGGGUUCAAGAUGUAGAAUGGACAGAAUGGUUUGAGAAGCCUGACAAAGCCAGAUCUAAGGACAUGGAGAAGCUGUCUGACUUCAAAGCUGCUCAUCCUGACAAAAUCUGCAGGCAGCCCAUUGACAUCCAGGCAGUGACACUUGAUGGAGCAGAUUUAACCACCGAGGUUUUCUACAAGGGCGGCCACGAUUACCAAUUCCUGUGCCACGGCAAGGGGCAGACAGGAGAGGGCUGCCACAACUACAGAGUGAGGUUCCUGUGUGGCAAAUCUGUGAAGCCCAAGCUCACGGUAACUGUUGACACCAACGUGAACAGCACGAUCCUGAAUCUGGUGGAUGAUGUGAGCUCCUGGGAGCCUGGAGACAGGCUGGUGGUGGCCAGCACUGACUACUCCAUGUACCAGGCAGAAGAGUUCCAGGUGCUGCCCUGCAGAACCUGCAGGCCCACCCAGGUCAAGGUAGCAGGGAAAGCCAGCUACCUGCACAUGGGUGAGGUGGUGGAUGGCGUGGACAUGCGGGCAGAAGUGGGGCUGCUGAGCCGCAACGUGCUGGUGAUGGGCGAGAUGGAGCAGCAGUGCUACGAGUACAGCAGCAAGCUGUGCUCCUUCUUCGACUUCGACACCUUUGGGGGACACAUCAAGAUUGGUCUUGAUUUUAAGGCUACCCACAUUGAAGGUCUAGAACUGAAACACAUGGGCCAGCAGACAAUGGGGCAUUACCCAAUUCAUUUCCAUAUGGCUGGAGACGUGGAUGAGAAAGGAGGCUACAACCCUCCAACGUAUGUGAAGGAAACCUCCAUCCACAACACCUUCUCCCGCUGCGUCACAGUCCAUGGAUCCAAUGGUUUACUGGUGAAGGAUGUGGUGGGUUAUGAUGCUCUGGGCCAUUGUUUUUUCACGGAGGAUGGACCAGAAGAGCGCAACACGUUUGACCACUGCCUUGGGCUGCUGGUGAAGCCCAGCACCCUGCUGCCCUCCGACCGUGACAGCAGGAUGUGCAAGCUGAUCACAGAGGGAGCUUACCCAGGCUACAUCCCUAAGCCCAGGCAGGACUGCAGUGCUGUAUCAACCUUCUGGAUAGCCAACCCACACAACAACCUCAUAAACUGUGCAGCUGCUGGAUCUGAAGAAACAGGAUUCUGGUUUGUGCUGCACCACGUGCCGACAGGCCCCUCGGCAGGCAUGUACUCCCCUGGCUACUCCGAGCACAUGCCGAUGGGGAAAUUCUCCAACAACCGCGCGCAUUCCAACUACCGGGCUGGAAUGAUCAUUGAUAAUGGCGUUAAAACCACCCCAGCCUCUGCCAAGGACAAAAGACCUAUCCUGACACUGAUUUCUGGGAGGUACAGCCCACACAAGGAUGCUGAUCCUUUGAAGCCCAGGGAACCUGCAAUAAUCGAGCGCUUUAUUGCCUUCAAGAAUCAGGAUCACGGGGCCUGGCUGCGAGGUGGAGAUGUGUGGCUGGACAACUGCCAGUUUGCUGACAAUGGCAUUGGGCUGACUUUGGCAAGCGGUGGGACCUUCCCUCACGAUGAUGGCUCGAAGCAGGAAAUCAAGAACAGCCUGUUUGUUGGUGAGAGUGGGAACCUGGGCACCGAGACCAUGGACAAUGAGAUCUGGGGGCCUGGAGGUCUGGACCACAGGGGAAGGACCCUGCCCAUCGGCCCGGAUUUUCCCAUCCGAGGGAUCCAGUUCUACGACGGGCCCAUCAACGUCCAGAACUGCACGUUCCGCAAGUUCGCGGCGCUGGACGGGCGGCACACGAGCGCGCUCGCCUUCCGCCUCAACAACGCCUGGCAGAGCUGCCCCAACAACAACGUCACCAGCAUCCACUUCCAGGAUGUCCCCAUUACUUCGAGAGUCUUCUUUGGAGAACCUGGCCCGUGGUUCAAUGAUCUGGAUAUGGAUGGUGACAAAACAUCAGUUUUUCAUGAUGUGGAUGGUUCUGUGUCAGAAUACCCGGGCUCAUACCUGAUCAAGGAGGAUAACUGGUUGAUCAAACACCCUGAGUGCAUUGACGUGCCCGACUGGAGAGGCUCCAUCUGCAGCGGGCACUUUGCACAGAUAUACAUCCAAGCCUACAAGCCAGCCAACCUGAAAAUGAAAAUAAUAAAAAAUGACUACCACAAUCACCCACUCUACUUGGAAGGGGCUUUGAGCAAAAGCACUCAUUACCAGCAGUAUCAGCCAGUUAUAACUCUGAGGAAAGGCUACACCAUCCACUGGGACAAGACAGCCCCUGAAGAGCUGGCCAUAUGGCUCAUCAACUUCAACAAGAAUGACUGGAUCCAAGUAGGGUUUUGCUAUCCUAAAGGGACGACGUUUUCCAUUCUCUCAGACAUCCACAACCGUCUCUUGAAGAAAACAUACAAAACUGGAACCUUCUACAGAACCUCCCAAAUGGAGAAACUGGAGCACAGAUAUCCUACCAAAGGAUACUACUACUGGGAUGAGGACACUGGGCUGCUGUUCCUGAAACUCAAAGCUCAAAAUGAGAAGGAGAAAUUUGCUUUCUGCUCUGUAAAGGGCUGUGAACGAAUAAGAAUCAAAGCUGUGAUCCCAAAGACAGCUGGUGUCAGUGACUGUGAAGCCACAGCUUAUCCCAAGUACAUCGAGACUCCAAUAGUGGAAGUGCCAAUGCCAAAGAAGCUCUCUGCUGCACAACUGAAGAGCAAGGACCACCUAAUUGAAGUGAAAAUAGAAACUUAUAAGAAGCAGUACUUCCACCUGAGGGAUGACUUUGCAUACAUUGAGGUCGAGGGUGUCAGGUUUUUCCUCACUGAAGAGGGAAUCCAGCUGGUUGUGGUUGAUGGACACCAUGGAAAAGUUGUUGAUCGAGUAACGUUCAAAAACUCCAUUCUACAAGGAAUCCCAGCACAGAUAGAGAACUAUGUCAACAACAUCAAAGAUCACUCCAUAGUGCUGGUGACAUCUAAAGGAAGAUUCAUCUCAAGAGGACCAUGGACUAAAGUACUGGAGAAACUUGGAGCAGGAGAGGGUUUCAGGUUAAAAGAGAAAAUGGCUUUUGUCGGCUUCAAGGGCAGCUUCCGCCCCGUCUGGGUGAGGCUGGUCACCAGCGAGGACUCAGCUAAGAUCUACCAAGCACUGCCAGUCCCUGUGGUGAAGAAAAUGAAGCUGUGAGGACACCCUGCUGUGCCUGCUGGCCGCCAGCACUGCCCCUGGGACGGACAGACGGACAGACGGACGGACUGCCGCCCGCUCCGUGCUGCCGGUGUAGCAUUUUGAUGUUGUUGUUGCUGUUCAAACAGAAAUCUCACUGUAAGUAGCUAGAGUGGCCACCCGUGCCAGGAGUGCCCAGGCUGGCCCUGCUCUCUGGGGCUGAGCAGGGGCUGAGCUGCUCCUGCAGGGGCUUGGAUCAGCGCUCCUGGACAGACUGACGUCACUGCUGCCUCUCAAGGGGAGUUCUUGGUCUGAAGACCAUCAAGGAUUGUUGCUUCUACCAGCCUCUACGUUGUCUGAAGACUUUUUCUUUUCCAUAGUGUAACUAGCUGACACGGAUGCCAGUUCAAAGACUGGUUGGCAGUCUGGGGUAGAAGGAGUGGAUCUGAGUGAUUUCCUGGAUGCUGGGACAGUAAGCAUUUCUCCUGAAGCUUCUGUGAGGUUUGAUCAAGCUCUUUGGGGUGUGUGUUGUACAUGCAGCCCACGGCACAUAGUUGGGGAAGAAAUGACAGGAGUGGACAAAACAUGCCAGCAGAGACUGAUGGAACCACCUAUUUCUGCUUCCUCAGAAAGCUGCGUUUUUCCUAUGGAUCAAGGAGUUUUAGUAGUGGUUAUGCAAACAGAAAAUUUUCCAUCACCAAGCAGCUGCAGGCUAGAAGGAGAGCAAUGUCAAUUAGCACAUGUAUUUUCUCAGCCUUUCCCAUUCAGCCUUUCCCUCUGUAUAACAAUAUUCAGGAUCAGUUUAUGGUUGCCAGCUAAAGCCAUCCCAAUUUUUGACCAGGAAUACUGGGACUUACCUUAUUCACAUCAAAUAGGGUGAGCUGCCCUCACCUUUCCCAGGACAUCAGAGGGAACAGGAUCAGACUGCUCUGCUGUGCUGCUUUCUGAUCCUGUCCUCAGGCUCAUGAUAUCAUGUCUUGGUCCUCCUGUAAGAGUUACAUGGAUGAGAUCGUUCCAGGUGGCUGAAGAACUAAAGUGGGAAGCCCAAUGCACUAGUUGUACCUCCUUUCCCCCUGCUCAGAGCAAUACCUGGACACUGAAGGCAGAUCAGACUGAAUCAGGACUUCACAGGGACAAUUCUUGAAACUGGGAAAUUAAACAUUAUCUUGUAAAACACUGAAAGCAUUUCUGGUGCUCAGUGAUAUUUCUGUCAGUUGCCCAGAAAUACCACAAAGGCGUUUCUGGAGGCUGUGACUGUUCUAAGAAAUCUAAGGGCAGGGGGGAAGUGUGAAAGACACUGUGACAAGCUUUCCAAAGAAUGUCAGUCUUGCCAGUAAGAUUUGGACUUUUUUUCCCACUUUAUCUCUGCCUGUCCCCACUGCCACAUAAAUUAUUCCAAUUGCUGAUGGUGACUUUGUUUAUGUAAUUAAGUUGGUUUUUUCCCCACCACAGUAUCAAAAAUGCUACCUUGAAGUUAGACUAAAAAGCAAGGAUUUUGUGUGUCAUUCCAAAGGCUGGGCAGAUGCUGGUUUAAAUCAAUUGCUCUGAAUGUCAAAGCAAGCAUGAACAAAAUUUAGAUAGUACUGUAGGUUACAUUCCCCUCAAGCCUUUCCUGGGUUUUGAAACUGGAAAUGUUCUUUUCAGACUUACUACAAAAUUGUUUUGAAUUCAUUGAAUGUCAUGUGUAUUUUAUUU